GCCGCUUAUAAAGUGUUUUUACACAAGAUUCGAAGCAUUUGACUGCAAUCGAUCAAAGAAAAUUCACGCAUAAACUCAAGUUUUCGGUCAAAUAUUGAUUUCAUUUAAAUUUAUUUUCAAAAUGACGCAGCAAGGAGCUCCGUUUGAUUCAAAUGCAAUGACAUUGACGCGAUUUGUGUUGGCUGAACAGAAGAAAUUUAAGCAUGCCACAGGCGAUUUAUCACAACUUUUAAACUGCAUUCAAACAGCGGUUAAGGCUGUUAGCAGUGCGGUGAGGAAAGCUGGUAUCGCUCAACUACAUGGAAUAUCUGGCGAUACAAAUGUUCAGGGUGAAGAGGUCAAGAAGCUAGACGUUUUGGCCAAUGAAUUGUUUGUAAACAUGUUACAAUCGUCGUAUACAACAUGUUUAUUAGUUUCAGAAGAAAAUCAGAAUGUUAUCGAAAUCGAUGCUGAUAAGCGUGGAAAGUAUAUUGUUUGUUUUGAUCCAUUGGACGGUUCUUCGAACAUCGACUGUUUGGUAUCGAUUGGUAGCAUUUUUUCAAUUUACAGAAAAAUUUCAGAGAGUCUACCAACAAUUCAAGAUGCCCUUCAACCAGGCAAUAGAAUGGUGGCAGCUGGUUAUGCACUCUAUGGCUCGGCAACAGCAAUGGUUGUUAGUCUUGGAAAUGGUGUAAACGGAUUUACGUACGAUCCAAGUAUUGGCGAAUUCAUUUUGACUGAUGUUAAUAUGCAAGUACCGAAACAAGGAAAAAUUUACUCAAUCAAUGAAGGCUAUCAAUACCUCUGGGACGAUUCGAUUAAGAAAUACAUCGAAGCGAAAAAAGAUCCGGCAAAGGGUAAACCAUAUGGUGCUCGUUAUGUUGGUAGUAUGGUGGCUGAUGUUCACCGCACGAUUAAAUAUGGUGGCAUAUUUUUGUAUCCAGCUACUUCACAAAGUCCAAAUGGAAAGUUACGUCUUUUGUAUGAAGGCAAUCCAAUGGCAUUUAUAAUUGAACAAGCUGGUGGAAAGGCAUCAACCGGAAAACAACGAAUUUUGGAUGUUGUUCCAGAUUCAAUACAUCAACGCACUCCGGUCUUUCUUGGUUCAGCAAAUGAUGUUGAUGAAGUGUUGAGCUACAUUAGUAAUUAAGGAUAAAUUUACUAAAUUAUCUCGAAUCAUAAUCAAUUAUUAUAAAUAUGUUUGGUAUUGCCAAAAUUUAAAAUGGCAACAUUUAUUUUACUUUUUUCGAAAUAAACAGAUAUUUCAAAUUAA